UGUCACUCCACUGUAUGUCUUUCUCACUUAGCUUUGGGAAUUCAAAAAAACUAUAUACAGAGAUCAUAGGAUACUUAAUAUGUUGAGAGGAAGAGAAGAGAGAAUAGAGGCAGUGUCCGAAAAACAGAUAAUGUACACCAGAACUGGCAGCUUAAAGACGCCGGCUAAGAGAGCAUCACCAGAAUUGGCUCAUCCUUUUCGAUAUUAUCUCAAGCGUUUCAGCGGAAGCAUGGCGGACGCUUUGCGGAUUAUUUCCCCGGUGAAAAGCCGCACACUCGACUUGUCAACAUCAUCAUCAUCGUCGUCUUCUUCAUUUUCAUCGAAGUACAGCAGCCGAUCAUCAAGGCAGCAGCUAAUGAUGGCUGGAAGUAAUUGUCCAUGUACAUUUGCAGCUACACGACGGCAUUCAAUCGGAACGGACCAUCACAGAGCUGAAGCCAUAGAUGAUUGUAUCAAAUUCAUCAAAUCCACCUUGUCCAGAUCAAAGUCACUCUCUCCUUAAGUUUAAUGAUUGAAUAUGCUGACGGUUAGUUAGGGUUUAUUAUGAUAUAUAGCUAGUAAUUAACUUAGAACAGUUUGUUCGUAUGUAACAUUUUUUGUGAUCAGAUCAACUGAUCAAGUGGUGUGG